AAACAUUUGAAACAACUGAACAGUCUAGAUCUUCUGAAGCAAGUCUUACCACAAUAGAAACAGUCACACAGGAAACAGAUUACCUUUCAUCAACUUUGGAUUCUGGUACUGGGCUAACACAAACAUCUGAAUAUGCAACAACUACUAUUGGAACUGUUGCUUCCACUGAUUUGCCAACAGCUCCUUUCUCAACAGAAUAUACAUCUGAAGUACCAACAUCAGAAGUUGCAUCAAGCACUCUACCAACAGUUACCUCCCAAGAAACAUUUGAAACAACCGAACAGUCUAGAUCUUCUGAAGCAAGUAUUACCACAAUAGAAACAGUCACACAGGAAACAGAUUACCUUUCAUCCACUUUGGAUUCUGGUACUGGGAUAACGCAAACAUCUGAAUUUGCAGCAUCCACUAUUGAAACUGUUGCCUCUACUGAUUUGCCAACAGCUCCUUUCUCAACAGAACAUACAUCUGAAAUACCAACAUCAGAAGUUGCAUCAACCACUCUACCAACAGUUACCUCCCAAGAAACAUUUGAAACAACUGAACAGUCUAGAUCUUCUGAAGCAAGUAUUACCACAAUAGAAACAGUCACACAGGAAACAGAUUACCGUUCAUCCACUUUGGAUUCUGGUACUGGGAUAACACAAACAUCUGCAUAUGCAACAUCCACUAUUGAAACUGUUACCUCUACUGAUUUGCCAACAGCUCCUAUCUCAACAGGUGAAUAUGUUUUUCCAUGCAGAUGUUUGGUCAAAAUACAUCUGAAAUACCAAUAUCAGAAGUUGCAUCAACCACUCUACCAACAGUUACCUCCCAAGAAACAUUUGAAACAACCGAACAGUCUAGAUCUUCUGAAGCAAGUAUUACCACAAUAG